AUGUACAUUCCCAACACAAAGUGGACGUGGUCCUUCUCGGCCAUCGCCCUCGUCCAGGCCGUCGUCGCCCUGUCGCUCGAGUCGUACGUCUUUGGCCGCUUCCAGAGCGAGCUGCACUUUGAGGCCCACAAUGUCAACAGCGACGCCCGCACGGUCCCCACCUACCUCGCCGUCUUCAUGUUCGGCUACCUCUACCAGCUGUUCCUCGUCUGGGACGCCCUGCGCCUGAAGAACACCAUCCAGGUCAUCGGCCUCGUCAUCUACAACGUCGGCAUCAUGGUCUACGCCGCCAUCCAGUACGACCAGAUCCUCGACGCCUCGUCGGCCCUCGAGCGGCAGCACUUCAUCCCCACCGACUUCUGGACCGACGUCAAGGCCAUGCUGAUUGCCGUGCCCGUCCUCAUGGCCGCCGCCACCUUUGCCUUUGCCUUUGUCGCCUGGAAGCUCUACGACGAGUUUGCGUGGACCAUCUACAAGAACAUUAGCGCCGACCUGCGCCUGAAGCGCCGCUACUUGACCUACCAGAUCUACAUUGCCCUGCUCAAGUUCGACUUCUUCUUCUUCCUCGCCUUCACCGUCCAGUUCCUCGUCGUCGUCGAGAAGACGUCGACGGUCGAGGUCGUCCUCACCGCCGCCGCCCUGGUCAUCACCUUCUUCCUGCUCUUCGCCGCCGCCUUCUGGGUCCGCCGCGAGUCGAUUGCGGGCAUGGUCUGCUGCAUCGUCGUCUACUUCAUCGCCCUGGCCUACUUUCUGUUCAAGCUGAUCCGCAUGUACGUUGCCGACUCGAACCGCCAGGAGGACUACAAGCCCGCCCGCAAGUCGCUGACGGCCUUUGCCAUUCUGACCAUUAUCCUGCUGCUCAUGACCAUUGUCAUUGCCUGCAUCUGCACCCACAACUUCAACAAGGGCCUCAAGCCCCACGUCAACAAGAAGUCGGCCAAGUCCGACAAGGCCUACGGCACCGAGAUGCCCUCUGUCGCCGGGCCCCAGCCCAAUCAGCGCAUGGAGAUUGACUAG